GUAAAAAUACUGUGCGAUCGAGGAUUUUCGUUGAGACGGUACGCGUCGAAGGUAAAAAAGCCGUGCGACACACCGCGUACGGGUCGAGGCCUCUACGCAGCCGAGUGGCCGCGCGUAAAAUGACGUAAAGCGUGGCGUCGGACGUCAGCGCGCGCGCUGCCGACGUGUGUGGUGAGCGGAAACGGUGCGCGGUGUGUGUAUACCGUCGCGGCGCAGCGUCGUAGCGAUCGGCGGUAGCGUACGGGAAAUUGGCCGCGGUGGCUUCGCCAAUGGAUGCCAGGCAGCACGGGACGCCAUUUUGAUAUACGGGCGCACGUCAAGCGCUUCGACUCUCGCAAGUGAAACGCGCUCCCGCGAGUCGCUCUCCGCCGGUCUGCGUAGGACACGCGCGGAGCCGAAUUCGGGCGUUACGCGAGAGCGCUGAGCCGGGGGCAUCGCGAGCCGACCGAUGCGUGGUGCGUGGCGCAACGGAUCCCGUGAGUUUCGUUGACAAGUGACAGGUGAAUCGAUCGGGGGCCUACGAGAGAAAGAGAGAGAUAGAGAAAGAGCGAGCGCGAUAGAGGAAGGCUCCUCGCUUGUUCAUCGCGUUUGUUGCGUGCCGAAAGCAGAGCGGAGCGGUACUGUGUCGUGCUGUGCCGUGGCGUACUGUGCCGUACUGUACCCGUGUCUCGUCGUAACGCGCCCCCCCGCGUAAACGCGCGAGUACGAUCGUUCUACGAUUCACCGUCUCGGCGGCGCGUUUCGAUUUUUCCUGCACACGGCGCGCGAGGGGACCUCGCUCGUACGCCCGUGAGAGCGUUAUACGCCGUUACGCGACGAACGGGCGAUCUGGGGGCGGCGGUACGGCAGGAAAAAGCCGCCGCCGCCGUCGUCGUCUCGUUUCGCGCGCGCGAGCGAGAGAGCGAGUGAGCGAGCGCGCGGGCGACAGAUAGAGAGAGAGAGAGAGAGAGACAGAGAGAAAGAGGAGAGUGCGAAAAGAACAGAGGCAGCGGAGAAAGAGGAGCGUACGGAAGAAAGAAAGAAAGAAAGAGGGAGGGAGGGAGGGAGAGAGCGAGACGGAAUAACGAAGAGGCCACCGGCCGACUUCGGUGCGGGACAAGACGACCCGAUGUCGGGAGCGGGUCGCGACCCCGUGUCGACCCGCGGUCGUCCUCGUCCUCGAGUAGAAGCAGCGACGACGAAGACGACAGCAGCAACAGCAGCAGCAGGACGCUUCUCGCGUAAAUGUGCCUCCGUGCGCGCCCAUGUGCUGCACCUCCUACUCUGCCCGCUGUCCCUGCGUGCCCUGUAAACCCAGAGCACACCAUCCCGAUUAAGCACGCCCGCGCGCACUUGUACCCGCGAACAUGGCCAAGAUCCUCAACAAGGACCCCGUCACGUACGAGAAGGAGAGGGAGAACUUCCUAAAGGACCUCCGACACUUUCACGAGACUCGAGGGACGCUCUUCAAGAAGACUCCGAAGAUCAACGGGAAAGAUAUAGAUCUGUAUUUGCUGUAUGUUGUGGUGACUGCUCAUGGAGGAUGGAUUAAGGUCAAUACCAGAAAUGAAUGGGCGUCGUUGUGCGAACAAUUUCACUUGCCCAGCGGUUGCAUCAACAGCGGGGUCGGCCUUAAACAAAUUUACCUUCGAUAUCUGGACAGGUACGAGAAGGUUCACUUCCUAGGCGAGGAUGGUCAACAGGCUGACGACGACGAUGAAGAUUCCAGACAUCGGAAAUGGUCGGCCAGAGCACUGCACUCUGUUCCUCUUACUUAUAAUCAUCAUCAGCACAACAUCGCAGAAUCCUUGCGCGAUUACAACGGGCUUUCGGCGGAUCUUUACAAGCCCUCGAAUUACGACAAGCUCGCGCUAUCGCUCCUGUCGCCGCUGCCAAACGAGCAGGACUUUGCCAUCAACGUUUGCACCCUUUUGUCGAACGAGGGCAAGCACACUCUACGGCUGGACAAAUAUCCCCGAUUAGUGAACAUUCUUUUGGCGCACGCCGGUGUCUUCGACUCGCCCGGUACGCGGCAACUCUUUAUCGAGGUGUACUCGCGCGUCCGCAACUAUUCGAUCAACUCCUUCUGGUCGGACGUGCUUGACUCCCAGGACGUGAUAGAUCUCACGAACGAAAGGACCUUUAUGAAGAAGCCGCUCACAAGUCUGCCGACGUUCUCUAGACGGAAGACUUUGGAGAAGGAGAAGGAGAGCAAGCAACAGGAUGUCGCUGCGUCGACGACAGAGAACGAGGAGACGACGACGCUGAUUGAUAUCGAUGGGAUACUUCCAGAUUGCUCACGAUUGGAUCUGCUUACGUCGGACGAAAGCCUGAGAGAUCAAAACCAAAAUUCCAUUAAGUUCGAGGAGGAGGAUAAGGAUCUGUUUUGCGUCGGUAGGACAUUAGGUACGCAGGAUCCAUAUGGUCAGCGUGUGCUGCAAAUCGCGUCGAUCCUACGGAAUCUCAGCUUUACGCCAGAGAACGCGGUGGUGUUAGGCAGGAAUCGGUGUUUCCUGCGAUUCGUCCUGUUGUGCGUGAGAGCGAGAUGGAGUAAUCUGCACCAGCUCGGCUUUGACGUACUAGGGAACAUAGCGAACGAAAUUAUUCUAAAGGAGGCCGGCGAGAGGAUAACGAACGUCGUUCUAUCGUGUGUGGCCAUGGGAAUUGAGUCUCAGGACAGGUUUAUCGUUAUAUCUUGUCUGGAGGUGCUUAACAAGAUUAGCCAGCAGGACAUCAACGAAGAAAUUGUCACGUUUGGCUUGGCAGACAAUGUAUAUGAACUUAUAUGCAGAUUUUUAGCCCUGAGCGACAUAGCCCUUUUAGUAUACACUUUGGAAUGUUUAUACGCUUUAACGUCACUGGGUGAAAGGCCAUGCACGAGCGUCGCGCGAGUUCGUGGUGCCAUCGACACCCUCGUCGCCCUCGUCACCGUGGAGGCGCAAAGUUACGGUCCAAAGGCUUGUAUUCUCAUGCGAGUGGUUGAAACAGUCUCCACAGUGGCGGCGCAACAAAACAUUGCUGCGCAGGGCGCUGCUCCCGUUACUCCCGCUACGCCAGCUGCAACGACUACGUCUGUUUCUACUCCGUCUACUCCAGCGACGGUCACCGCAACAGUUACUGCAUCACCUGCCAGUCCGGCAUCAUCUCGACCUACAACUCCCGCCGCGACCUCAACCAAGUCGACAACGCAUAAAGCAGUGGAGACAGCUAAUGCGAUUCAACAGCAGAAUGCGCAUCAACAAAUCAUUCAGGAGAACGAGCAGUUUGCUUUAAAUUGGGUGAGAGCGACCUUCGAGCUCGCGCCCGGUACACGCAUUGAGCAGGAAGAGUUGUAUAAAAAGUAUCUCGGCUGCUGCACGAAAAUCGGCAGACGAGGUGUGAUAGCCCCGCUGCAUUUUCCCAGAUGCGUUAGAUCCGUUUUCGGCAGUAUCGUGGGGCCGAAUCCGUUGAAGGGAGAGAAUACCGGUACCCAGUAUUACGAAGGCAUCCGUGUACGAGCGUCACCCACGCCGAUCACUUAUCCGAGCCAAACUACCGCUGCAGUCGCGACUAAUACACUACCGAUUCCGGCGGUCAACACUACUCCAGUAAAGGUGCUUCCCGUUCAACAGCGUACAGUCAAGAAUAUAAGUCCCGCACCCGAUAGCACGGCCGCUCCCCAGGUCGAUAGUCCCGCUGCGUCGUCCGGGACGCAAACGACCUCUACCACCCCCGCGUCUCCCAUCCUCAAAGCCCAAUUAUCCGCACCGCCGAAACCCUCGUCCAACAACACCUCGAGCCAGUCCCAAAAUCCAGUGACCAAGGUCGAUUCUAAAAGUCAGGUAUCAGUAUCGCAUCCGCAUCUGAGCCAAGCGUUGCUAGCGAGCGGUUCCCAAACGCCGCAACAACAGCAACAGCCACAGCCGCAACAACAGUCACAAAGUGUCCAGGUAGUUGUUAAGGAAGAUAAUCGAAGUGGCACUACGUCGAGUUCCAUAAUAAAAAGCCUAUUGGCUACUAAGGUAACAAUCAGCAGCGACUGCAUGCCCAGUACUGCUGCGACUUGUGUGUCUACCCCUACUGCCUGUGUAACAAACACUACCGCUAGCAUCGCAUCCAGCAUCAGUGCCAACCAGCUAAUAACCAGCAACCAGGUUGCCCAACGCCAGCAGCAGCAGAGGUUAUUGCAGCAACAAAUGACGGGCGUAAUGCAACCCGCCGCACCUGCAGCCACUCCAGCCACAAUACUCCCAAAGACUCCCUUGAAUGCUAAGCAGAAAUCGGCACUCGCACCCAUUCCUGCCAAAAAAAUACAAAGGCUCAACGGGGCCAAGUUUGUUGUGACUAAUAACUGCGAGAAGACUGAAGUAAAUGAUAACGACAACGCCAAUCAAAUCGUUACAUCUACCAUCACUUCUACCACCACAAUGAUGAUAAAUUCGACUGAAAACCACAUAUCCUCUUCACCGGCCAAGGUCUGUCGACCGCCCUUGACAACGACUGUCGUCACCGUCGCCACUGCUACAUCAAACAAGAUUAAUCAACGCACAACAUAUACUUCUAUUGCCGAGGAUUCGGACUCUACCAACAACUCGCUAGCGUCGAGUAGUGGCAUCGGUGGCAGCAGGGACUGUUCCGGCGUCGGCGUCGAGGAGGAAAAUAUGUUGACGAGUUUUGAAGGUAUUCUACUUAAUGGCGCGCCGGCGAGCAACAACAAUAUGGAUAUCGAUGCGCAGGAAGAUGGCUCGUCCAAGGACUCGUCAAGCGUGAGUUCAAAAGAUAAACCAUUACAGAGUAUGAUGCUAGUGGAUCUGUUAGAGAGAAAAGUCGACAAAGAGCCGAUAUUGAACGGUGUGCUCGGUAAAAAUUCCAUUAAUGAAAAGGAGAUGGAUCUAGUGGAGAAUCACAUCAAGAAAGUGUUAAAAGAAUCUCCUACCGAGAUGAAACUAAAGACCGAGAUGGAGGGUGGCAAUAUCAUACAAAACGUUAUACAGAAUGAGGCAUCCGAGGACACUCUGAUCGAAGCGCCGCGAGGAAUCAAGAGAUCAGCUAGUGAGUCGGACGAAUUGGAUAUCAAAAAGCCGAAAUAUUCCAAUGGCACAAUGUCGCCUGAUCCAGCAGUCGACUCGACUACAGCGGAGUCCACGGUAUCGAGUAUAAAAUCCGAGGAGCAAGACGAUGAUAAGGACAGCGAAAAAGCGACUGUUUCCUCCACCGCAGCGAAUCUCUAUGCCGCCUUGGCCGCUGAUUGCAUAGAAGACGAGACAGAUCUGGAAGAACAAGUGAAUGUCAACAAGGACACGAUAAAGGAAACGACAGCGGCGACGAUAGCAGCACCUCUUCCACCUCCUCCUCUUCAUGUCAAAACGGACACGACGCCGACUAUUCUUGUUAAGGAAGAUCCACCAACUUUGCACAUCAAGGAAGAGCCUCACAUAUUCAUCAAUCAAAUCACUCAAGCACCGCAGCCACAACCAUCGCUGCCGCAUCAACAGCAGCAGCAACUCAUAGUGACGGCGCCCAGGCAGAUAGUCGUGCAACAGACGAUUCCGAACAACCAAGUUAUCAUUCCCACCGCAUCGGUAAAGGGAAGACCGCCCCCGAGUCAACCUCAAGUGCUACUACAACAGAGCGCUGGUGGGCAGCUACAAUAUGUAGUAUCUGGUGGUGUACCCGGUCAAAACUAUGUACUGGCGCAGCCUCAAACAGCUUUGGUGCAGGGUCAAGCUCAAACCGUUCUUGUGGCGCAGACGACGCAGCAACAGGGAACUGGUACCAAGACGAUCAUCAUAUUGCAACCGCAGGCCGCUGCACAGCCGACUCCACAGAAGAUGGUGGCGGUAACGCCGCAAGGGCAGCAAGUGGUUGUGACGCAAGUGCCGCGACCAAUUUUACAGAGUCCGGCGCUCGGCAACAUUCCACCGCCUCUCGUACCAACGUCCGCUACUAUUCCGCAAGCCUCCAUUAUAGUUAAUAGUUCAGUGGCGCAGGCCAACCCGAACACAGUGACUGUUACAAUCCCGGCAAUGGCCCAGCAAACUCCGGUUUCCACCAGCGUGCCGUCCAGGGUGGUGACUCCUACUCCGGCAUCAACGCCGCCGCCCACGAGACCGACGACGCCACACCAAGCGGCCGCCACUCACGGCAUAUCCGCGGUUAAGCCGCCAGUCGUCACGAAAGUCGUGAAGACGGUGAGUUCGUCGACCUCUACCGAGCCAGAGUCAAAACCCUCUACGAGCCAGCAACCAGCGUCGCAGACGCUAUCGCAAUCGUCGCAGGAGAAUAAAACUAUCACAAUCAAAAUCGACCCUAACGCUUAUCUGUGCGAAUGGCGAGGAUGUCUUAGACAAUUUAAAACACCACACGAGGUCUACCUUCACGUUUGCGAGGCUCACUGUCCGACCGGUGGCGAGGAGAUAUUGUGUCUAUGGGCGAGUUGCGAUGCUCUCAAGAGACGCAGAUUUUCGUUAAUGACGCACCUUUACGAUAGGCACUGCAACGCGGAUACAAUGUCGAUAAGGAGGAAACAGUUGACGGUGACGGGUAAAACCGAAGUCUCCACAUCCACACCUCCGACUCCGCAUCAUCCCGGAUACGCACCCAAUGCCGCAUUCCAUGCUAUUAAACGGCACGCUCUGGAAUUCGUUAAUCCUAAGGAGUUAAUGCAGCAGAGGCCGUCCAAGCCCGCUGCAGCCACCUCAACAAGCUCUUCUUCUCCCAGACCUGGGCAAAAUUCUCCACCGGAACAGGAUGACAACGAAGGUCCAGUGACCAAAAGUAUUCGCCUAACGGCAGCUCUCAUUCUUAGGAACCUAGUCAUAUACUCAACACAUGGUAGAAGGCAUCUUAGAGCGUACGAGCCACAUUUGGCGGGCGUGGCGUUGAGCAAUGUUGAAUCAUCGAGAACGAUCGCACAAGUCCUGUACGACAUGAACGACCAGAGUAGCAGUAGCCAUAAUAGGUGACCUUUUGAAUCAGGCCUCUAAGAGCUCUUUUAAUCUCGUGAGCAGCGAUCAACUUACAUUAUUUCGAAUUAUGCGGUGCGAGGAAAUCGAACGUAUAAGUUUGUAAUUGUGUUUGCUGUGCUAGUGCGUGCGCAGAAUGCGUGCAUGCGUGCGUGGUACGUGCCCAAAAAAUUUGAAGGGACUAGAGGAGAUGGUACCGAGGAUAAAUGUUCCAUAUAUAGAAAAAAGAGGCCUAUAAACUUACUAGGCAAAAUACUUUGCCAAUUUUAGAUUAUAACAUGAACUGUAACUAGUGAAACACAAAACAAAGACAUUUAGUUAAAAUCAUAUGGAAAAGUGAUAAUGUGUCUGCGAGAGAGGGAGAGAUAGAAAAUGAGAAAGAACGAGCGAGCAAGAGAGUAAAGAGAGAAUAUGUGUAUAUGUUGUGUGUAUGUGCGCAUGUUUGUGCGUAUGUAUGUGCGUAUGUGUGUAUGUUUUGUGUGUGAGAGAGAGAUGAUAUUUCACAGAUUUAAUAUUAAUAUUUAUUUUCUCAACAAGAAAUAUGGAAAAAGUGUUUUUAGUGAACAUGUACAAAAAAUAACGAAGAAAAUACUUUAUAAACGUUAUAGUUAAUUAUAUAAUCGAUAUAUUAUAAUUAAUAUUAUACAUUAUUAUUCUAUAAUUAUUGUAUUGUGUUUUUUUUUUUUUUUUUUUCCUCCCAUAAAUCACCAAGAAUUUUGCUAGAAAGAAGAAAAACAAAAUCUUUUUAUGAAAUGUAUUUGUUAAGAAUUUAUCAUUUGCUUAUAUAAUUGCAUAUUGCAGUUACACGGCUAUAUUAUCGUCUCUCUUUGUUUUAUUAUUAUUAACUAAUCUAAUUAUCGUCAAAAAAAUUAGUAAGAUAUAACAGUAACAUGCAUUGGCAUGCUAGCGAGUUCGUCAAUACAGCAGGACAUUCAUAUCACUGCGUAAAUUUAACGAUGUCUAGUUUAGAUCAGUUUUAGAUCAACGAUUCCUAGCCAAUUCGACUUCUACAAUGUGUCAACAUACCUAGAGAAAAAAAAUUUUUACGCUCGCCUGUUAUGUAAUACGCGGCAAAUCGUUAAAUUUUCGUUUACAAAAUGACUUUGUCAUUUAGCGUAACUUCCAAUCGAAGAGAAUACUUUGCAAAUAUUUCGAGACCAACAGUAAUAUUAUUUGCAAGUUAACCAAGUUACAAAUAUCAAAUAAUUUUCAAACGAAGUUUUACAUCCAGAUUAAAAGGCCUAAGAUUGUACUUUAAAUGACAAAAUGAUUUUAUACUUUAAACUUUAAAUGACAAAUGAUCGAGUGUAAUAUUGAAUUUUCUGUUUUUUCUCUCUUGAAUAUUCGGUUAACUUAGUUUUCAUUGCUGAUAUCCACUCAUUGAAAAUGUUUCCGUUUAAUUCUCUCGUGGCAGCUUAGUUGUACUUGCAAACUACAUAUAUCGCUUCGAGUGUCUCGAAUAAAUAUAACAUUUAACACAAGCUUAUGCAACAGUAGACGAAAUUUAUUGUGAUAUCGCGUGAAAUGCAAUAUAAUUGUUGCAGCGCAUAAUGACAAAGUUGUCUUUUGGCGCAAUACUUCAACAUUAUUUGCUUUCACAAAAAUUGCUAUGGAAGAUCGUAGAUUUUCUUUUGUAUUAUACGGUGUAUAAAAAAAAGAAGAUAUAAUAAGAAAUGAUGAUUUUCUCCGAAUCUUAUAAACCAAGUACGGUCGAAUAAAAAUUAAUCAGCUAUUUGAUUAAUCAGAAAACUCAAUAUAUAUAAUUUAAGAAUAUAAUGAAUCUUUAUUUUAUUUUAAACGGUUUGAAGCAUUAGAUUGACAAGUGUUUUAUGUUCUCGGACGUCACUUUGUGACCGGCAUAGAUUGCAUUUAUGGUUUAUUGAGUUUUCUAGAACACAAAAAAAUAAGAAUAUAAGCUCUAAUCAUAUUCAUAUAUAUAAUAUACAUACGUGUACAUAAUACCUGUAUUUCAUUCACGAUGUUAAAACCUCUGUGUAAAUUUCUUAAGAUUAUAAGUUUAACGCGUCUAUAUAAUAAGAGAAACAAAGGAAAAGAUUCUUGUAUUAUAAUAGUUUGUGACAAGACGUAGAAGUUGCAAAGGAACGGAUUUUUGUAAUUAAUUUAACUCGUUCGGCGCGAAGAGAGAAAGAGAAUGUGUUGAGGAACGGCUUUGUCUUAUAUUGCAAAAUAGCCGUUUAUGAAUAAACAUAAAAAUAUGAUAAUGGACCCUGUGCGAGCCUCUAUUAUGUAUUUUAUAUAUAAAUAUAUAAAAACAAGUUUAAUAGCUGAACGUUUUUAGGAGGACGAAAAUCUUGUGAGAGGCUUUUUAUUUUUAUUAUUUGUAAUUACCUAGUUUACAUGUUCACCGUUUCGUACGAUCAUUGAGAUCAUAAAUAAACAUCUGUGUAAAGGAAUAAAAAAAAAACGAUAUAAUAAA